AUCGAUACUUGCCAAAACGUACUCAUUAAGUAAAAGUAUCGAAUACAAAGUAUCGAGUACAAAAGUAUCGGUAUCGAAAGGAAAAGUACUCGAUACCACAAAGUAUCGAUACUUUUUUCGUGUCCCUAAAUAUGUGAAAAUGUCCGUGUGCAUGGUUAUAACCUAUUCAUAAUUUAGAUAAACAUAAAUAAAUAAUUAUAUUCGACAAUCCGUUUAGUAGACACUUCAGAAGGAGAACGAUAAAUGGAUAUACUGUACUUCCAGGGCCCAAAAGUAAAAACUUCACAGUUUUGUUGGUUGUAAUUUCGCAUUUUUGUUGUUAAAAAGGUUUCUGUUAACCACAUUAUUAAAAAAAAUGUCACACUUAUGCACUGGUAGUUUUUUGGAAAAAAAUAUUGAAAAUUUUUACUUUUCUUAUCAAGUGGUGAUACUUCACACUAGGUUAGGUUAGGUUAGUGUUGUGACCAUAACGCGCGAGCCGAGCGAGCAAAGCGAGCGUGCCGCGGCAGCGGCCGGCGAAGCGCCAGAAAAAAAAACUGUUAAAAAGACCUUUUCUACAAAAAAAAACAAGUAUCACCUUUUGGGCCCUGGAAGUACAGUUUUACCCGAUAAAUAUCUGUUCUCUAAAGAAUUUCAUAAUAAACUGUAUUUGAGUUGAUAGCUAUGGUUAUCCUGUUCAGCACCACACGAGAAAAGAUUAAAUUAUUAUUUAUAGUAAUAAUUAUAUUUAUUUAAAUUUCAUAUCUCUUCCAUACAUAUUGCAGACUCAUCCCUUUGCAAGGAAAGACUUUGGAAAGAACCCGUAGCCAGGCAAUCUGUGACUGAAGUGGAAAAAAUCGCUGCUAUUAUUAAAUAAAUAAAAAAAUACAAUAUUCAUAAUAUAUUUUACACUCAGCCAUGUCAAUAGGCUGGUUUGAAUCAAUAGGAAAACCUCAGCUUGUGGUAGCUCCUAUGGUAGAUGCGAGUGAACUGGCUUGGAGACUCUUAUGCCGAAGACAUGGAGCUCAAUUAUGCUACACACCAAUGUUCCACAGUAAUGUUUUUACUAAAGAUCCAAAAUACCGCAAAGAUAGUUUAGUGACUUGUCAAGAGGAUCGACCUUUAAUAGUUCAGUUUUGUGGAAAUAAUCCAGAAGUAAUGGCCUCUGCUGCUAAAAUGGUACAAAAUCACUGUGAUGCAAUCGACAUAAAUUUGGGCUGUCCCCAAUCAAUUGCUAAAAGGGGAAGAUAUGGCUCAUUUUUACAAGAUGAUUGGAAACUCUUGCAAGAUAUUGUAACUGCAAUGUCUAGAGCUGUAUCAGUGCCAAUCUCUUGCAAAGUGAGAAUAUUUGAGGAUAUUGAAAAGUCUGUGCGCUAUGCUUUGAUGCUGCAAGAAGCUGGUUGCAAAAUGCUUACAGUACAUGGCAGGACGAGAGAGCAAAAGGGUCCUCUUACUGGUAUUGCUAGUUGGAAACACAUAAAAGCAGUAAGGGAAGCAGUAUCAAUACCUAUGUUUGCAAAUGGAAAUAUACAAUGUCUAGAAGAUGUGUACAGAUGUCUGAAAUAUACCAAGGUUGAUGGGGUUAUGAGUGCUGAAGGUGUACUCACCAACCCUGCUCUGUUUGAAGGUAUUAACCCUGUGACUUGGGAAAUGGCACUUGAGUACCUUGACUUGGUUGAACAGUAUCCCUGCCCAACAUCUUACAUAAGAGGGCAUUUAUUUAAAAUAUUCCACAAAAUUUUCACAUUUCAAGAUAAUUCCGACAUCAGAGAACUUUUAGCCACAGGUCAAAAUCUUGAACAUUUCAGAGAAGUAAGCUUAAAAAUUAAAGAAAAAUAUUUGCAAUACCAUGAGGGUAAAGCACAUUUUGAAAAUAGUGAUAACAUUACUCGUAAUGGCUUUGAUUUAAUACUACCACCAUGGAUAUGUCAACCUUAUGUUAGAAUAUCUCCUGAAGAGCACACGAAAAAAAUGGAUACAUUAUGUAAGAAUCAGUUUGUGAAUGGCAGUAAAAGGAUAUUCGAAGAUCCUGAUGGCAAUGCUAUAUCAAGAAAAAGAAUGAAAAAAUUAAGAAAAAUUAUGAGAAGACCAGUAAAAGAAGAUGAACAGCAUAAUGGAAGAUCAGGGGAAAUAUGUACGAAUGGUACCUGCCGUAAUCCACUUGGUGGGAAGUGUGAAUACCAGCUGUGCAAAAAAUGUUGCAAAAAUAAGUGCUAUGAGGAAGAUUUGGACUGUAAAGGGCAUAGGAUACUUGUACAUACUAGAAGAGAAAUGGCCAAGAAACAUGCAAAAGAAGUGACGUAGUUAUAUUAAUAUUAUAUUAAUUACUAGUACACCCAUAAUAAUGAGCUUCGUUUGACAACACCAUUAAUUUUAAAUUAUUGCUCCAAUCAAAGAAACUUCUUCCUUCUAUAUUUUUUUGAACGUUAUCAGAAUGAAGCCCAUAUUAUGGUAAUAUAAUAUUUUUGUUACCUACUUCUUACGUUGAAUACCUUUGCCUAUAUUUAUAAUAAAACAUCUUUUUUUACCUAAUGGUUUUUGUAUCGUUAUUACCUACUUAGGCGUCGCGUCGCGCAAACGUACACUUAGAUACUUUUUGUUGGCUUCAUGGCCAGCCAUUUUAGCACUUGUACUCACUGUAUACAUACAGGGUGUAAAACAACCUAUGACAAAGACUAAAACUACGUAUUCUGUACACCCAAACAAGUCAUAUUACAAAAUAUUAUAAGUGGGAAAAAAUUGUAUUUAAUGUAAAGCGCGUCGCGCUACUGUGGCGCUACGCAAAGAAUGUGCCUGUGUGUAAGUGCGAUAAAAAAGUUUCUUAAUAACGUUUUGAAAAUAUUAAUGUAUACCUACAUCUUGAAAAAAAAAACUGACUUUAACCUUCAAUAUUUCCAUAACCAUAAAUUUCCCAGUAUAGUCCAGAAGAAAAACAUUAUCGUCAUGAUGUGGAAAAUACGGGGCCUUCGACUUCGUUAUAGGUUAUUUUACACCCUGUAUAUUUUGACCUUCAUCGCUGUCCAUCAUUAUCAUAGAUAGUUUGUUAAUGUCGUAGAAUAGUACCUACACAACAAGACGAAGUUCAUGAACUUAUCGGUUUUAAUAUUAGGCUCAGCCCCAGGAAACUUGGGUUGCUAUUUUACGACAAUGCUGUCACCUCGUCCCUUCUUCUUACUAUGUUCGCUCUCUCUGCCUGUGAAUCAGCAAUGCGUAAGUGGACCUCCAUUUUCUUAUUAAUGUAUCACUGUUAUAAUUAAUAAAGUGCUCCUAUAAACUUUUUCCCUAUUAUGUUAUGUAUGUAUGUUACUUUGUGGCACACUAGUGUGACCGACGAUUGUGACCAAACCCGAUUUUGAUGAUUCAUAUGUCAAUCGAUUCGUCUUAAUCAAGUUUGUGCUACCAAAGAUAUGAUAGUUAUCGAAAUUCAGUAAGGGGACAAUGAGGUGCCAUAUUGUGACAAAGAAAAAAAAUAACUUGACGAAAUAUGUCGUAUACGAUUUUCGUAUGUUGCGUGCGCGUGCAGGUUGCCCGUGGUACGUGCGCAACAUCGAUUUGCAUUGUAAUUUCAAUUUAGACUCCAUCGCGAAGUAGAUAUAUGAAGGACGCCUCGAGACGGUAUUUUGAUAAAGCCGCGCAUCAUCCAUACCCUUUAGUAGUCCAAGCCAUUAGCUAUCACACGUCCGCCCUCCAAUUGUAGGUCCCUCCAAUUCCAUCGGCCUAGGCACGUCUUAGAGUACCCCGACGACGAAAUCACUCGCGCCAACGCGCCUCCGACUCCGCCCACACAGGCCACAAACACCAACACUACACAGCUAGCAUACUUGCACACUAGCUUAGCAUUAGGCAGACACCGCACCCGUGCGAAGACCCGGUCUACACAUGACACGCUAUACCAGGUACAGGUACGUACGAAUAUCUGGGCGUUUUUCUUUUCCCCACGACAACGGCUAACUAGAGCCGAGAUCCGAGUCUCAGAGACGCCCUCUAGUUGAGCCGACCCCCUCAGGAAAAAAAUGGGCUACUCGCAGUAUCUAAUCCUAUGCGAAGCACUUACAAUAAAACUGUGAUAAAGUUCCUUCUUAUUAAAUGAUGAAAAAUAAAUUAUUAUAAUUGGUAUUUAACAUUUAAUGAAAAACUCAGAAUUAUACAGUUUUUAAAGGACAUUGCUCGUUCCCCAUACAUUCAAUGCCCUAGAACGCUCAGCAAUGUGAAAAUGCUAGUUGUGUUCGGAAUCAUUCAUAAACUCUCAUAAGACAUUUUGUUGAGAUAGGGACAACUUGAACCGUGGCCUACUACAGAAUGUAUUAGAUUUUGAGGUUAUAAUUAUUAUACUUAAUCGUAAAAGAUGUCCACUUUAUAUAUUCUGAAUAGAUUUAGUGUCUACCUCUAUGUAAGCACUUAAAUAAUAUGCAUUAAAUGAACAUAAAAUGCAAUUAAUAAUAAAAAUAAUAAAUGCUUAUAUUCAUAUUGAUUUAUGAGUUUUGGCAGUUGGCACCUAUGAUACCUUUAACUACCUGUUGUAGUAAUAGAUUUAUUUUCAAAUGAAAUGUUGAAAGUCUUUCCACUUACCAGUUUCUAUAUUUUACUAUGGGUAAUUAGGUAUGUACCCGGUUAUCAUUAUGAUUUUCAUAAAAAUAAACAGAUAUUAAAUGGGACGGGAGUAUAAACUAUCAUAAUUCAUAAUAUAAUACAUAAUUUCAGAAAUAAUCUUUUUAUAAAUAUAAUAUAAAUACUAGUGAUAAGUAUUAUUAACUAAGGUACCUAUUUCUAUUCUUAUCCCAAUAAAUACCUAUGGUCGCCUAUAUUGCAUUUAUUAAUAGAUUACUAGAUUUACAGUUGUUACUUACGUGGCUCGUACAGAGUGCCUUUGUUAUUUAUACACUUUUUAUUCUCAAGUCAUAAAUGCCCUGCCUACCCUGUGGGGCCAAGCGUAAUUUUAAUAAGGACUGGAAGUAGGCUCGUAUUCGGUGUUGGACUGGGAGUUAAUGCACAAGAGUCUCAGGCAUUGUCCUAAUACAACGCGAUAACGCGAUCAUCGCGCGUUUAAACGAUGCGACCAUCGCGUGAUCGCGAACUGGGUGUCCUAAUAGAACGCGAAUACGCGAUCACGAUUGACACACAGUUUGGUCGGGUUAGCCCUGCCCUUCUCCCCGCUUCCUAUCGACGCGACGCGAUCAUCGCGCGAACUUCAGUUAGGACACCUAUUCA